GGACCCCGCCGUGACAAUCAGGUACAAGACACUUAGCAGCUGAACUGUCCUGGCCAAAUGCCUGAUCUUAUGGGGCAGUUUUAAGUUUCUAAACACACAAAAUGGAAACAAAGAAAGUCACUGGGUUAUGAAGGCAACCUGGAAAAUACCUAAUUGAGCAACAAGAUUAAAUAAAGGGCACUGAGAAAUGCAAUAGGGAACCCUAUCUACAGGCAUGCCAAACAAAGCUGCAUAUUAUUGUAAUCAAUGAAGCUAAAGAGAAUUCAAUGGAAUCAGUUACGCAGUCGAGAUAAAUGGCUUGACCUGCUGCUGACAUAUGGUGUGACUUUGGGACAAUCUGUUAAACCAGAGUCAUCCACACAAUGAGGAUAACACCCAGCUACAGUGAUGCCAGUGUCCGUUCACAAGAGCUGUCUCUUGUGUGCUUGAGAGUGGUAGAGGGGAAAUCCCACGGAGCAUCCUUGCUGCGCAUUUCCAGAUUUGGAGCAUCCAGACUCGGGCCUGCCUAAAUCGUGGCAGUCUAGAGCAGGGUAGAAUCCUUACAGAGAUGCCCCUCAGUCAGGUAACAAGAGAACUUGAAAAACAGGGAGAGUUACAGUAAUAUAACACCCCAACAAGCUGACCUCUGUUUGAGAUUGAACACUGGCAUUUUACAGAUGAUGGGCUCCAUUCUAUCAGGGCCGGAGCACUCUGGUCCAGUCCAGGUCAGCAUUUAAAUAUGUGCUAAUGAAUCAUGUACUGGGGCUUUCCAUGGAACAGUACAAACUUAAUCACACACACAGGAGCUUUGCUGUGUCCGGCCAGAGAGCAGUACUGAGCAAACAACUCACUUUCUCUCUGCCUUCCCUUCAGCUGUGCUGCUUGUAUUUCUUGCUGUAUUGGGCUGUAUCACUUUAAGAAAGAAAGGGGAAGGCAGCCAGCUCUGGAAACCGGGCACAACCGGUUCAGAGCAAGCCAUAUCCUGAGCAGUGAACUUUAAGUGUAAUCUUAAGCUUGGAGUGUCCUGUUUACAGCCAGCAUACAAAGGAUCCUACUUUCUUCCAGUUGCACUGAUGGUGCUGAUACCUCUCCUCCAAAGGUGUGUCCAGCUCCUUGCACUGCCUGUCUACCUGCUGGUUUACCUGGGCUUAUGGGAGCCCUUCUGUAAAAAGGUCUUCCCAUAUGCCAUGGCCAGGAUUGCUAACUUUUACAACCUCAAGUUCUUUGAGAAGAAGCAGGAGCUCUUCAGCAGCCUGAGGGAGUUUUCAGGCCCCUCAGGGGAGCUCAACCUGCUGGAGAUUGGCACAGGCUCAGGUGCCAACUUCCAGUUCUUCCCACCUGGCUGCCGGCUGACUUGUACUGACCCCAACCCCAACUUCGAGAAGUUCCUGUUGAAGAGUAUGGCUCAAAACCCGCAUCUCCAGUAUGAGCACUUUGUGGUGGCUUCUGGUGAGAACCUGCACUCUGUGGCUGAUGGCUCCAUGGAUGCUGUGGUUUGCACCCUGGUGCUGUGUUCAGUGAGCAGCAUUGAGAGAGUCCUGAAUGAAGUCCUGCGAGUGCUCAGGCCGGGUGGUGCUUUCUAUUUUUUGGAGCAUGUGGCUGAUGAUCCUUCCAGCUGGGGCUACUUUUGGCAACAGAUAUGGGAGCCAACCUGGAGAUAUUUGGGAGACGGAUGCUGCCUGACCAGAGAGACCUGGAAAGACCUGGAGAAAGCAAAGUUCUCUCAACUGGAGCUGUGCCACAUAAAUGGCCCAAUGAAAUGGAGCCCUGUUCUGCCUCAUAUCAUUGGAUAUGCUGUGAAAUAAUUACCUUCAUACACUGUGAGACAACAGACCCCACUUCAGUGCUGAAUAGUCUCUGUGCUUUCCUUCAAUUCUCCAUGAUUGUGGCCU